AAAAUAAUGUGGAAUUUUAGAAGAAUAAGACAACUCAACAAACCUUCCCACAGGUCAAGCAAGCUCACACCAAGCACAAUCACCUUUUCCACACCAUCUUCUUCUCUCUACACAAAUACAAACUUCUUAUUCUCUUCUAUCUCCCUUCUCCAUCUCUCUCCAAAUUAUUGAAUUUCUCUGCUAACUAUUAACUCACUUCAAUUAUUUUUCUCUCUUUAUAUUCCCCUUCCAACUUCAAUUUAUUGAACUUUUUCUUUCAAUUCCAGAAAAAAAAAAAAGUUAGUUAGGGUUUUGGUUCUUUAAAUUGAACUCAACUUAAUUUUAGGCAUUUUUUGGGCUGUUUAUAUAUCUUCGGGUUCCGUUUUUUUCUGGAUUCUAGGAGAAUUUUUCACGGUCAUGCAGCAAGCUGUGGUGGAUCCAUUGUUAUCGCCGAUUUUGAGCUCCGAUUCUGCUUCUCAGAGAUCGGCGCCGGAGAAGCCGCGAUUCAGUGAUCUUAGAGGUUUGCAGUGGCGUAUCAAUCUUGGAGUUUUGCCGUCUUCUUCUGCGGCUUCCAUUGAUGAUCUUCGUCGAGUUACUGCGGAUUGUAGAAGGAGGUACGCAAGUUUGAGAAGGCGCCUCCUUGCCGAAGCCCCUUCUCCAAAGAAUGGAACUAACUCACGGAAUCUUGUCAUGGACAAUCCACUUUCACAAAAUCCAGAUAGUACAUGGAGUCGCUUUUUCCGCAACGCAGAGCUAGAAAGAUUGGUUGAUCAAGAUUUGUCACGUUUAUACCCAGAACAUGACAGUUAUUUCCAAUCACUAGGAUGCCAAGGCAUGUUGAGACGCAUUUUAUUGCUAUGGUGUCUCAAGCACCCAGAAUGUGGUUAUAGACAAGGAAUGCAUGAAUUAAUGGCUCCUCUGCUUUAUGUUCUCCAAGUUGAUUUGGAACGUCUCUCAGAAGUUCGGAAGCUUUAUAAAGAUCACUUUACAGACCGGUUUGAUAUUCUUUUAUGUCAAGAGCAUGAUCUUAAUUACAGCUUUGAUUUUAGGAAAUCCCCAGACAUGAUGGAGGAUGAAAUCGGAUCCCAUGUAAAUGCAAUGAAAGCAGGCAGUCUUGACGAACUUGAACCCGAGAUACAGUCCAUUGUAUUACUAAGUGAUGCAUAUGGAGCUGAAGGUGAACUUGGCAUCGUAUUAUCUGAGAAAUUCAUGGAACAUGAUGCUUACUGUAUGUUUGAUGCUUUAAUGAAAGGGGCCAAUGGUUCAGUUGCAAUGGCGGAUUUCUUCGUUUCAUCUCCUGUAGCUAGCUCCCAUACUGGCUUGCCUCCUGUGAUUGAAGCUUCUAUGGCGUUGUAUCAUUUGUUAUCUCUUGCUGAUUCUUCUCUUCAUAACCAUCUUUUGGAUCUUGGGGUUGAACCGCAGUACUUUUAUCUCCGGUGGUUGCGGGUUUUAUUUGGACGAGAGUUUUCACUUGACAAAUUACUUAUCAUUUGGGAUGAGAUCUUUGCAUCAGAUAAUAGCAAAAUAGAAAAUAGUGCGGAUGACAACAUAGAUUAUGGCUUCAGGAUCUUACAUUCACCCCGCGGGGCAUUUAUCUCAUCUAUUGCUGUAGCAAUGAUACUUUAUUUAAGGUCUUCUCUACUUGCAACUGAAAAUCCAACAACCUGUCUCCAGAGACUACUCAACUUCCCCGAAAACAUCACUAUUGAAAAAAUACUAAAGAAGGCUAAAUCCUUGCAGGAUCUUGCUUUAAGUAUUGAUAUUUCAUCCUCGUCACAUUUGCUUUUGGGCUCUCGUUACCAAAGUAAAACGACAUCUACGAGAUCUGUGACCCUUCCGUCUGAAUCUGUGUCACCGAAAACUCCUCUGAAUUUUAUACCCGAUAGCUACUGGGAAGAAAAGUGGAGAAACGCCCAAAAGGCCGAAGCCCAAAAGGCCGAAGAACGUAAACAAGAUGGUGCAAAAAAUCAGGUUCCAACUCGGAAGAAAGGAUGGACAGAAAAGAUGAAAUUACGUUUGAGAAGAACAGAAUCUGACCCACCUCCAUCAAGGGUUCUAAGCGGGCAAAGAGGAUCUAAACCAUCGUUUAGACGCAGUUUGUUAGAAGAUCUGCGUAAAGCACUUGGCGCUGAGGAAAACACAGAACAUGAGCAGCAUCAUGAUGAAAUCAUAAGUGAACAGGAUAAUCUUUCUGAAGCAGUUGAAGUAGAGCGACAAGAUAGUGGCAGUAAUAGUGACAACAACUACUCAUCUGAUGAUAAAUGUCCAAGCAGAAAUUCUGGCCGCGAUGGAGAUUCGUCUAUAUAUUCUGACUCUGUCAGUCCUCCUAAUGAGGCCAAUGAUACUGAAAUUGCCUCAGAAAAAAAUAGUGCUACAUCUUUUUUAUCCCUUGACGAAUGUAAUGAAACUUCAGAUACCUGUCAUAUUGAUUCACCUCUUCCAAUCUCUGAUCCUCCCGAGAACAUGCCUCCAACGUCAGAAUGCAAUAAUGAUAAUCAAGGAAAUCAUCAAUGCAAUGAAACUUCAGAUACCAUCCCUUGUGAUUCACCCUCUCCAGUCUCUGAUCCUCCUCAGAACUUACCUGAGACAUCAGGAUGCGAUAACGACGAUGCAGGAAGCUCAUCCACAGCCCCUAAAGAGAGAAAACAGAAUAAAUUCCAGUGGUUUUGGAAUUUUGGACGGAAUACCGUUGAUGUUAACUCUGAGAAAGUAGGAGGUGCUGCCGAGGCUACGAAGUCUGCCAACAAUAAUAGCAAUCAAAGUAACUCAUCACCGCCACCAGCCUCACCUGCUGUUAAUGGACAUUGUAGUUCUGUUAGUUCCAGAGGAGAUUCUGUUGAUCAAAAUGUGAUGGGAACUUUAAAGAAUAUUGGGCAGUCUAUGCUUGACCAUAUUCAGGUGAUUGAGUCUGUUUUCCAACCGGAUCGAGGCCAGGGAGCCUCGUCGGACAAUUUAUCCAAGAACAUUCUAGUUGGAAAAGGGCAGGUUACUGCCAUGACCGCACUAAAGGAGCUUCGGAAAAUCAGCAACCUUUUGUCUGAGAUGUGAGUGAGGCGAAAGUCUGGUUUUGAAAUGUAUAUACUUUUUGUAAUUACAAUUCUUUUGCAACCAAUAAGAAAUGAGUUCAUUUCUAUAUUUUAGUAUCAGAUCAGAGUUUUGCAGUUAGAUGAAUAUGUAAAUAUAUGCAUCCGGAUUUACUUAAUUAAAUUAUGUCUAUUGGUAACACUUAUU